GGUCAGACCCUGCUUCUGGCACCUCCACCUCCUUGACGUGGUUUCCUGGAUUACAGUACGUGCAGGAACUUGAAUGAAGUUGGCAGAGACCUGAGAUGUGAAACCACAAGAGACGAUCACAUUCACGAGGAGGAAGAACUGCAGCUCAGAAGAUCAUGAACGAAACCUCUUGUCCUAGUGUCGACUUUGAUUUUGCCGUCAGAUUCCUGCCUCCUGUUUUAAUCUUGGUCUUCAUCGUCGGCCUGGUUGCUAACGCAUGGGGGUUGAAGUCUUUGCGGCAGAACUGGAAGAAACUGGGUAACGUCAACGUGUUUGUUCUCAACCUGGGACUUGCAGAUGUUUUGUAUCUGCUCACGCUGCCAUUUUUGGUGGUUUACUACUUCAUGGGGAGAGUGUGGAUCUUUGGAGCUACAUUCUGCAAGAUAACGAGAUUCUGCUUCAACCUGAACUUAUACGGCAGCAUCGGAUUCCUUACGUGCAUCAGCGUGUACAGGUACCUGGCUAUUGUUCACCCGAUGAAAGUGUUGGGAAGAAUCACUCCCACUCAUUCUGUGACCAUCUCAGUCCUCGUGUGGCUGCUGGUGGCUGUCCAGAGUCUUCCAGACAUGUUCUACAUCAAGACGUUUGGAAACCAAACUGGGAAAUGCUACGAGACCACACACGACACAUUUGUGGAGGAUUACCUGAACUACAGCCUGGGGAGGACCCUGACUGGGUUUUGUAUCCCACUCCUCAUCAUGCUGGGCUGCUACGGACAUAUGAUUAUCACACUUUGCUCCAAAAACAACGUCGACAAGGCUCUGAAGCAAAGGAGCCUGAGGCUGUUGUUCAUUUUGAUCCUUCUCUUCUCUGUUUGUUACAUCCCCUAUCACCUGUUCAAGAACCUGAAUCUCUGGUCAAGAGUUCUGCGCAAACACGGGAAAUGUCAAAAUUGGUUCAACGUUAUUUACAUCGCUCAUCAGAUAAGUCGUGGGCUGGUGUGUCUGAACAGCGCCCUCAACCCUCUGGUUUACCUCAAUGCACGUAAAGACUCCUGCUCAGCUUUGACAGCUGCUCGUCAAGCCGUCAUGCGCCCGUUCAUCACCAAGGUUUCUACGGUGUGAAUGAAAAUCAACAAUUGCAUCAUCUGGAGCUGGGUUGGAGGCGGUUGUGACGUGGCUUUGCAGUCGAGGCCGGAAGAGUCGAGAGCUAAAGCAGCUUAAAUAUGAGCUUUAGCAGCUGAUGUACUGGACUGUGGCUGAGCUCGACUCCAUCACUCCCCAGAUCUAACGCUGCGUCAUUUUAUAAAACAGCUGCAAAAAGUCUAUAACCCACAAAGUAAAAGUUAAAGGUUUUUAAGAUAGUUUUGAAAGACGUGCACUGAUAUAAAGCUCCUCAGAGGGAACUGCAACCUUUUAAUUAAAGGUGCCUGAUCAUGAACUCAAAGUUUAAAGUCAAUUUUGUCAAAGAAAAAUGAGAUAAAAGUACAUUUGACUUUUUCUUAAAGUAGAAAAUUGACUCUGAUUCUUCUGAUGUUUCACAACUGGAAACAUCAGGACUGAAGCAGUAAGUUAUUUACUCAAUAAUUGUAUCGUGUUUUUUUCAACCUAGAAAAACCUAAACUAUGACUCGAGGACAGUUGAUCUCGAUGCUACUUUGGUCAUGAAGAUGUUUUUAAAGACGUAUUUACUUUGCUAUAAGGCGACGUCGUCUCAAAUAACAAUUUAAAAUGAAUUAAAAAUGAGUAUUUGUUAGAUAGAAAUCCUGCAGAAUGACUCCAACCUCUGUGUUGACAGAUCUUGUUUCUGACUCGACCAAUGCAACUUUGAACUUGUGUGUGCGUGUGUGUGUGUGUGUGUGUGUGUGUCUGUGUGCGUGUGCUGUCAGAUGAUAUUGCACUUUCUUUAUUUUACUGUUUUGCUGUAAAUAUUUCUGUACUUUUUAUGUAUAGUUAAUAAUGUCAAUAUUUUACAAAGGUCCUACAUUUUGUCACACAUUAAAGUUUGAAAUGCCUUUUUCCAAA